AUGCUUCACAACCUCGGCAUCCACACCGAAGUGGUGCAGCACAAUGCGCGCCCAGGAACCCUGUACGAUGAGGCCCUGAGGUAUGAGAAAGGUUCGGCUAUCCUGUCCACAGGCGCCUUAGCCGCCUUUUCGGGUGCAAAGACCGGCCGAUCGCCGCUAGACAAGCGAGUGGUGGAGGAGCCGAGCACUAAGGAAGAUGUCUGGUGGGGUGCCGUCAACAUUCCCGUCUCGGAGGCUACCUUUGCUGUCAACCGUGAGCGGGCCAUUGACUACUUGAACACAAGACAGCGGCUUUAUGUGAUGGAUGGCUUUGCCGGCUGGGACCCCAAGUAUCGCUACAAGAUUCGCGUCAUCACCAGUCGAGCAUACCAUGCCCUCUUCAUGCACAACAUGCUGAUCCGACCUACGGAGGAUGAGCUGGCAGAGUUCGGAGAGCCAGAUUACACCAUCUACAACGCGGGAGCCUUCCCCUGCAACCGAGCAACGGAAGGUAUGACCUCUGGUACCUCUGUGUCUCUCAACUUCCGCACGAGGGAGGUCGUGAUCCUGGGUACGCAGUACGCCGGGGAGAUGAAGAAGGGCGUGUUCACCAUCAUGAACUACCUCCUGCCCAAGCAGGGCAUUGUCAGCAUGCACGCCAGUGCCAAUGCGGGCAAGGAGAAGGGAGAUGUGACACUCUUUUUCGGGCUGAGCGGUACUGGCAAAACUACCCUCUCAGCAGAUGAGAACCGUCUGCUCAUCGGUGAUGAUGAGCACGCAUGGACGGACCAGGGAGUCUUCAACAUCGAGGGAGGUUGCUACGCCAAGGCGAUCGGCCUGACGCGAGACAAGGAGCCAGAAAUUUGGGACGCCAUCCGUUUUGGAGCGCUGCUAGAGAAUGUGGUCUUCGACCAGCGGACCGGCGAAGUGGACUACAACGACACCAGCAUCACAGAGAACACACGGGUGUCCUACCCGCUAGAGUACAUCCCGAAUGUGAAGAUCCCAGCAGUGGCCGGCCAUCCGAAGAACAUCAUCAUGCUCACCUGCGAUGCUUUCGGGGUCCUUCCUCCGGUCUCCAAGCUCACGCCGGCGCAG